AUGCGCAUCCACGAGAGCGGAAUUGACCACAAUUCCGAUACAGCCACGACAUCCAACACAUCCACCAAGCACAGACCCAUCCACGCUCCACCGUCACACGCGCCGACCACCACCACCACCGCCGCCGCCACCACCAACACCACUGCUUCCUCUACAGCUGACACCGAAGCCGCCAACCUCUCAUGCCCACAGUGUCCACGCACCUUCACCUCACACAUCGGCCUGGUCGGUCACUUGCAAAUCCAUCGCACAGAGACUGGCGAACCAGUGCCUGGAGCACCAACCUACACCCACCGCACUCGCCUCCACUGCCCACACUGCCCUCGCACCUUCACGCAUCGCAUGGGUCUAUUCGGCCACAUGCGCAUCCACCACGACCUGCGGUAGACAACCGCUGGUCACACCACACAUUCCCUCACUCCCUACCUCCUAACACCAUCACCCCACCAGACAUCAACCCCCACACACCUCAUGCACUCAACUGCCGCCUCCCACGCAAGUGGGAAGUGUGCAUCUCCACUCGGUCCCCAUGCGGCUUCGGCUACACGGGUGACUUGUGUCUGAGACUAUCCCGACACGUCAAGCGUCGUGGAUAGGAAGGUUGCUGAUUAAGGCCUGCUCUCGGUUCACGCAGUUCGUCACGUAGUGUGUGUUGUGUGCAGUGGCGGACUGGUGGGCUGGGGAUGGGCUGAAGCAGCACCUUCCACGGCCCUCUCACGCAAGUGAGAGUCACGCCGUUCUACCCCCGUUGUGUGAAAUCCUGGUUUGUGUGUGUGUAUGGGGGGCCAGGUCGUGCUGUGGCGUGAGCAGGCAUGGUCAGUCGACCUGUCAGCCACCACGCCCAUUCCCUUCUCCAGUCUACUGACCGGCUCGGACAGUGGCUGGGGUGUGGGAAUGGGAAGGGAGAGUGAGGUCGACGACUCAGCGCACUUUCUCCUCACUAUAAACAAUCUGACGCGAUUGAAGCUAUCACGGUGCUCUAAAAGCCGUGGCUUGGAAGGUUGCCAACUGACGGGGUACCUUGGACCUCCUCUUUCACUGGAGGCGGCCUGAGAGUCAGGCUGCAAUGGCUCCUUUUUAAUGUGGCCUUUAUGGCACUCUCACCACAGUGUGGGAUCCGAGCCAGGCGUUAGCGGCACGCCCAGGUGCGGCUUCGGCCGUGCCAGCCUCCAAAUCUCUGUUGUGUUGGUUGAAAUCCUGGUUAUUGUUGUGUGGACCAGGGGGUGCGGAGUGGAGGGCCAAGGCGAGGAUCCGUCCGAGCCAUCCACCUGCGGCCUCCCUCGUCUCCGGUCUUCUUGACUCUGUCUUGACACCGGGCCCAGGCGGGGGAGGAGGAGAGAGUGUAGGUAGAUGCUACGCAAGUCUACUGGCACUAUAAACCCCUGCGUAAGUCACCGUCCCUGCUCCCACCGCUGCUGCAGCUGUGGGGCACACGGUGGACAUCGUCGAAAUCGACGGUAGAACUGUCGUAUGUGCUGCCCUCCAAACGGGCCACGUGUUAUAUGCGCUAGACCAACACGGGGGCCACAUCGGACUCUGGCAGGCGUUAUCUGUGCGCAAUAGCAAAUGCCAACAUAUGCGGGGUGCGCUGGCGGACCCUGUUGUCGGCAUUCGCCGCACAACUGUACCACUGUCACCACCGUAUUGUUUUGUGGUCAAAAUCCUUUUCAUUUGUGUGUGGACCAGGGGGUGCGGAGUGGAGGGCCAAGGCGAGGAUCCGUCCGAGCCAUCCACCUGCGGCCUCCCUCGUCUCCGGUCUUCUUGACUCUGUCUUGACACCGGGCCCAGGCGGGGGAGGAGGAGAGAGUGUAGGUAGAUGCUAUGCAAGUCUACUGGCACUAUAAACCCCUGCGUAAGUCACUGACCUGCUCCCACAAUGCAUUCUGCGGAGCACACGGUGGACAUCGUCGAAAUCGAUGGUCGAACUGUCGUGUGUGUAUGUGUGUGCGUGCGUGCAUGUGUGUGUGUGUGUGUGUGUGUGGUGGGGUGGGUGUAGGGGUGUCAGCGGUGGGUACACGCGAUGGUCGUAGUGGUCGCUCACUUGCUUGCAGGUGAGACUACGCCUAGCGUCAACUUUCUGACACCCAACUCUCACCUGUGGCUCCAAGUAGCUGUGCUCUGCUCAGCGGCCACACCCCGGGCAACCGUCUCGACCGGCGGGCUAAACCAGGUUAGGGGGCCCUGCGCGUUGUGCCGCGCGCAUAGGGUUUCGCAGAUUCCGCUGGAUGGAAGGUCGGAUGGAACCUUGCGUCGGCACCGUCGCGACGAGGUUCGUCUCUGCACGCCUCUGGACAGCCGGUGAGGGGAUGGAUCUCCACAUCGACAUUGCUCUGACGCGCCCACCUACGCCGUCGGAGACCGCGACUUACGGCGAAUUCGAGUCGCUCUCCACUACAGCAAGAAGUCUUGGCCCCAUAGUGGGAUUAGGUCGCGCCAACCAGGCACAUGGGCAGCCCGAUUCGUAGACGGCACUGCCUGCCCCCACGAGGGGAAGGGCCUAGAAAAGGUGGCCUAAACAUUGCUGGGCAACACGCCGUCUCCAGGCUAGCCAGGGUCAGAGAUGUCUAAACAUAAUCGAAAUAAUCAAAAUCGAAACAACAGCAAUACCAAUAACAAUAACAACAACAACAAUACUCGCUCACCUCAUCAUCCUACCUCCUCUAAAUCAUUCUCUCCCUAUUCUUCUGCCUGUUCUUCUCCGUCAUCUCCUUCUCCACCUCCUUCCCGUCGCCCCACUCGUUGUCGCCAGACUGGCAGGAUGAGCCCGCAAACUCUGGCAGCCUGGAAUGUUCGUUCCCUUUUAGACAAUUCGAGGUGCAACCGACCGGAAAGGAGGACAGCGUUAGUGGCACGAGAACUGGCGCGCUACAAGGUGGACAUCGCCGCACUCAGCGAGACCCGAUUCUCCGAACAAGGCCAACUGGAGGAGGUGGGUGCCGGCUACACCUUCUUCUGGAUUGGUCGCCCCAAGACAGAGCGACGAGACGCGGGUGUCGCCUUCGCCAUCCGGACCGACAUCGUAGGACGACUGCCCUGUCUACCGCAGGGAAUCAACGAUCCCAGAUGA